AAGAUAUAAGUUUAUAACAUGUAUAAGAUACCCACAGAAAACUGUAUAUGCACAUUAUAAUCAUAUUUUUAUUAAUAAUUUAAUAUUUAAAUUUUUUAGAUAUUUUUUUUUUCUAAAAAUUUUAUUUUCAUUUAUAUAGACAUUUACAUUAUUUAUGAGGUGCAUGUUUUGUAUAAUUUAGAGGUGCAUAUGUUUAGUGCCAUGAGUUCUGCUCUGAAUACAAAAUAAUAAAGAAGAAAUACUGCAGUAAAAUAUAGUACACAGGGCUCCAGACUACGACUAAAAUGGUCGCAUUUGCGACCAAAAAUAUUUUUUAAUUAAUUUAUUAACUAUGUAUUAAUACGUUUUUGCUGAAACUAUAUAAAUAUACAUGUUAUGAUUGAAAAAUCUGCAUGCAAUGCCUUUUUCCUGAUUGUUUUGCCAUCACACCUUUGGUUAUGUUGAUGUAAUAAACAGAGACUAAAGUGUUAGCGUAAGCCAGUCCAGAUCUCGGCCGGACAGCACUAACACCUGCUGAAGCAGCACGAGAGACAGCGAGAAUGAGCGCGGCGUGAGGAGUAAACGUGCGGAAAGCAGCGUCUGUUUCGUGCACAACUUGAACAAACUACAACAGGAUUUGAUGAAUCAGAUCUUAUGAAGCAUUAAUGCUGGCAGUCUCGUCAGCUGUUAAUGCAUCUGAUGAUGAAGUUAAAGGGCACAAGCGUACACACACCAAGAAGCAGGAGAAACAUUCAUCGUGAGCUCUCACCACAUCAAGAACUGAACGCAACACACUACAGUUAGUUCUGAAUAUUUAACAGCAGAUUCAAGCAUCGAAUAAAUAACCAGAGCUUUCUGGCAGGACAAAACACACUUACAUGAAUGGGAGACCAUAGCAAAUGCAUUAUUUUACGUUCCCAUUCGCUCCAACAGCACUCUCCAUGACUUUACAAAAGAGGGGGAACAUCGAAAGAGAUGGAUUAUGGUAGUCAGAAAAGAAUAAAGAGUCAAAUCUUUAUUUGUCGAGCACAGCAGCGCUCUUCUCCAAAUAUCUCCAGGAGUUUCUAAAGACCUAAAUACCGAAGCUGACCUCUGCAGCAUGUGGUAAUUCAGAGGCUUUGGACAAAAAGGCAUUUUUACAGUCAGCUGAUUCUUCUGUACGCUCGAGCACUGGCAGAAUGGGAAAUUAUGAUGAGGACACCGCCUUUCUGGGGCAAAAGGGACCGUUUUUUGUCAUCCUUUUCUUUCUCUUGAAUGCCGUCUACAUUUCCACGGGGCUUCACAGCCUCUACAUAGUGUUUGUUGGGGCUUCACCGUCACAUCACUGUCGGAUAGCGGAUGCAAAUCUAAGUGAAGAAUGGCUGAAAGCCAGUAUUCCCAAUGAGAUGGUCAAUGGAAAACUACAGCCGAGUCAGUGCUGGAGAUACAGGCUGGAGACGGUCAGAGGCCUGUGUGCGCAGGGUUACUCGCCGCCGGAGGUCAAUCUGACAGACAUUACGCUGGAGAAGUGUGUGGACGGAUGGAGCUACAGCACAGACGUCUACCGCUCCACCAUCGUCUCGGAGUGGGAUCUGGUGUGUGACAGCGAGUGGAGAGUCCCGUUCGCAACCUCAACACUAUACAUGGGCUACCUGUUGGGCUCUCUUGUUUCUGGCCAACUUUCUGACAGGUUUGGCAGGAGGAAGGUUUUCUUGGCGUCUCUGGCGGCCGAAGCUCUAGUGAUGCUCGCGCAGUCCUUCGCCGACUCGUGGCUGCUCUUCUGCGUUCUGUAUUUUUUUGUUGGCACAGUCCAAAUAUCCCUGUACAUCACAGCGUUUGUGCUUGGCAGUGAAGUGCUGAGUAAGUCCUUGCGCGUGUUCUUCACGACGCUGGGAGCGAGUCUGCAUUACUGCAUCGGUUACAUGCUGCUGCCGUGGAUCGCCUCCGCCGUCCGAGACUGGAGGAGCCUGCUGAGGGUUCUGUCGGGCCUGACGGUGGUCUACAUCCCACUGUGGUGGCUGAUCCCGGAGUCUCCGCGAUGGCUUCUCUCUCAGGGACGCGUGCUGGAAUCUGAGGCCAUCGUGAGAGAAGCAGCGAAGAAGAACAAAGUCGCUGCUCCAGAGGUGAUCUUCAACCAGUCCGAGGUUAAAGAGGCGGCGUCCCAGAACAGCAAGUACAGCGUGCUCGACGUGCUACGGACCAGCGAUAUCCGCAAAACCACGUUCCUGUGUUUACUGCUAUGGAUGGCCAUCAACGUUGGAUAUUUCGGCUUGUCCUUGAAUACUACUAACCUUAGCGGAGAUCCGUUCCUCAACUGCUUCCUCUCCGCGGUCACCGAGGUGCCUGCCUACAUCGUGUCCACGCUUCUCCUGAAGAGCUGUCCUCGGAGACCCGUCCUGUCUGCUUUCCUCGUCAUCGGAGGAGGAUUUCUGCUUCUGGUGCAGCUGAUUCCUGAAAGUCUGCAGACUCUGGCGCUGGCAUUAGAGAUGGCCGGCAAGUUCGGCUUCACCAUGUCCUUCUGUGUGGUCUACAUCUACACGGCGGAGCUCUACCCCACCGUCCUGAGGAACCUGGGCAUCGGCAUGUGCUCCUCAGCCGCUCGCAUCGGCAGCAUCACCGCACCUUACGUCAUAUUCCUGGGUACUUUCAACAAAUAUCUGCCCUACAUCCUGAUGGGAAGUCUGACCAUUGCGUCCUCGAUCGCAAACGUGUUUCUGCCAGAGACGUUUGGAAAAGUGCUGCCUGAGACUCUGGAACAAAUGCAGAAAUGCAAACGUUUUAUUAGAAGAGAUAAAUGCACUCUGGAGGAGGGGAAAAGAACAGUCAUCGUGAAAGAAGAAAAGUUUGAUGGCUACACAGCAGGAAUAAAUGAAUAAAAAUUCUCCUCCAGACAUUAAGACAUUCAGAAGAUCCUCGUCAGUGACUUCACAGUUUAAUAGGCAACUCUUGAUAAAAUGUGAAUAUGUCUACAGGUCUUCUUUUUUUGUACAUUAAGGUUAUUUAAUUUUUUUUAAGUAUAUUUGUUUUUUAUGUCAAUCUGUAAUUGGUAUUAGCACGAUAAUUUCUUUUUUCAUUUACCGUUAUACUUAACAUAUAAUUUAAAAGAUAUGAAUGGUUGUUGAAUCAGAAGCGGUAGUUGGCAUCCAGGUUGUUGUGUAUUUAAAGUGUUUGUGCAAAAUGCACUCUAUUCUUUAGUACUCUUAUUAUUACAUUCAUUCCCAGUGGAAGCAAAGCUAAUGCAGACAUCUUUUAUGAUGGAUAAUAGGGUUAGAAAGAAGACCAAUCACAGCUGUUGGGGUCUGUACAGACAUAAAGAAAUCCGAAGGACAAGCCGACAAACUGAGAAAAGAGGCACCUGCAUACACAAUACUUCUGCAUUAAAGCAGACUUCUGUUGAGUCUAGUGCUCAGUAACUGCACAAAUCCUCCCAACUCUUCAUUCAACACAUGCUACAUUUUACAGAACUGUUACAGCUUCUUCUAGAGAACACUAAGUAGCACCUCUACACUUAAACAAUAUACUGCCACCUUGUGAUUAAACUACAAAACACCACAACUUCUAGUCAUUACUGAAACUGGAUGUUUUUCAUGCAACUAACUCUGGAUCAAAUUUACAGUCAAAUGAAUAUGAUCCCGCCUCGACCCGAGCCUGAGGAGCACUGCUAUAUAUAACAUCUCCAUUGGGAUGUGGCAUGAAGUAACGGAGAGCGUGUCUUAGCUUCCUCUGCUGAAGUUGGUUUAGAGAUGAUGUAAGUAAUGAGACCCGGAUGGAGAGAUGGAUCAGAGGUCAAAGGUGAACCCAGGAGAUCAACAGAUGCUAACACGGAGAUCUGAGAGUUACUCAGGAACGAGCUCCGGAGCUGUGCAUUUGAUAAAUCAAAAUCUGCCUGGAAACUUAAGUACUUUCUUUCUUUUUUUAUUCAGUAAACAUCAACAUUAUACAGUUUGCAUAAUUAAUAACUUCAUACAAUAAGAAAAGCCAGAAGAAGCAAAAAAGCGAAAGUGUUAGAAGUAUUCACAUGCAUGAGCACAUCCUCAGCGGCUCCACCUACAUUUGUUUCAUAGAGAUUUCACAUUGGUUUGUGAGCAGACAGUGCUAUUCGUGCCACAUUAGGCAGGUGUUCACUGCAAACCCUGGCUGAGAUGGUUUCUCUGUCGCUGAUGUUUGGAUUGCAUUGGCUUUAUUGCAGGACUGCUGGGAUCCUGUUCCUGUUCCACCGACACUACACUUCUCUCUGCGUGUAUAUGAGACAUAUUAAAUACUCAUAAAAUAACUCAGCAAAAAAAAGUGAGCUCAACAUGGCUUGCUUUCAUUGCAAACAUUUAUUACAAUUUCUGAUGGAAACAACUGUAUCUCUCGUAGAUG